AUGGAGCAGGAGCAUUAUACGGUGGGCAUUAUUUGCGCCCUACCCCAUGAGGCAGCAGCUGCCAUCGCCAUGCUUGACGAAGAAGCAGGUCAUAUGGUUGAACAAGACCCGAAUGACCACAAUUCAUACAGACUUGGUCGACUUCACCAUCAUAAUGUGGUUAUAGCAAGUCUCCCCGCAGGAAUAGUUGGCACCUCCUCCGCGGCCGUCGUUGCAAAAGAUAUGCUGCGGACAUUCAAAGCGCUUAGAUUUGGACUGGUGGUCGGCAUUGGAGGCGCAGCCCCUAUUCCUGAUUCAGAGGAUCAGGAUAUCCGUCUUGGCGAUGUGGUCAUCGGCAAGCCAACAGGAACCAACGGGGGUCUUAUACAGCUGGACUACGGGAAAAUGACCCAAUCUGAAGGGCUUAUCCGCAAGGGCAGCUUGCCUGCACCGCCAUUCUCCUUGCUCACAGCUCUCGCUAGACUGGAGACUGCUCGAGAGCUUGGAGAGUGUACCAUUCCCCUUCAUUUGUCUAACAUGUUCAAAAAGCGACCGGGCAUGAGAAAACGAUUUGGAAACCCCGGAACAGAGAACGACGUUCUUUACCACCCGAAAUAUGUUCAUCCAGCAUCUGCAGCAACAUGUGUACCCUGUGACAUAUCUAAGCAGAUAUCACGACAAGAAAGGGAAUUACUUGAGCCGAGGGUAUUCUGUGGAACUAUUGGUUCGAGUAAUGUUGUGAUAAAGGAUGCUAUACUCAGAGAUCGUCUGCGAGAGGAGCUUGGCGUCAUGUGUUUUGAAAUGGAGGCGGCGGGCCUAAUAAAUUUCCCCUGCCUCGUCAUCCGCGGAAUCAGCGAUUAUUCGGACUCGCACAAGAAUGAUCGAUGGCAGCGAUAUGCGGCUGCUGUCGCAGCAGCCUGUGCAAAAAGUAUCCUUGGAUACAUUGCCCCAGUGUCAGUACAGAGAGAACAGCCGAUUGUUCAUGUAUCAGGAUCUAGCUUCCCAACAAAUAGCAGCAACCGAGAGAAUCGCCCAAGAAGCGAACACUAG